CACUUUCGUUAUUCCUUCCAUUAUCCGCACUGUACACCUCGUCCACAGGCAUCAUGGUGCUUGAUUUAGACCUGUUUCGCACCGACAAAGGCGGCGAUCCAGAAGUCGUGAGGGAAACGCAGAGGAAACGGUUCAAAGAUGUGUCUCUGGUGGAUAAACUGGUCGAGGCGGACACAGAAUGGAGGAAAUGUCGCUUCACUGCAGAUAAUCUUAACAAGGCCAAGAAUCUGUGCAGCAAAGCCAUCGGGGAAAAAAUGAAGAAAAAAGAACCAGUUGGUGAUGAUGAAACUCUUCCAGAAGAGGCUCAGAAUCUGGAAGCCCUCACAGGAGAAACAUUAUCACCCCUCACGGUGACUCAGAUAAAGAAGGUGAGGUUACUUGUGGAUGAGGCCGUGCAGAAAACAGACAGCGACAGGUUAAAGCUGGAGGCCGAGCGUUUUGAGUACCUGAGAGAGAUCGGCAACCUCCUGCAUCCCUCUGUGCCCAUCAGCAACGAUGAGGAUGCUGAUAAUAAGGUGGAACGCUCCUGGGGCGACUGCAUGGCGCAGAAGAAGUACUCUCAUGUGGACCUGGUUGUCAUGGUGGAUGGAUACGAAGGGGAAAAAGGAGCCAUCGUGGCUGGAAGCAGAGGAUACUUCCUCAAGGGGCCUUUAGUUUUUUUGGAACAGGCAUUAAUUAACUAUGCCCUGCGGAUCCUGUACAGCAAGAGCUACACCCUCCUGUACACACCCUUCUUCAUGAGGAAAGAAGUCAUGCAGGAGGUCGCUCAGCUCAGCCAGUUUGACGAGGAGCUCUACAAGGUGAUCGGGAAGGGGAGUGAGAAGUCUGAAGACAAUACGGUAGAUGAGAAAUAUUUGAUUGCCACAUCGGAGCAGCCAAUCGCCGCCUUCCUCAGAGAUGAGUGGCUGAAGCCAGAAGACCUUCCCAUCCGCUAUGCCGGCAUCUCCACCUGCUUCAGACAGGAAGUGGGCUCUCACGGCAGAGACACACGUGGGAUCUUCAGGGUCCAUCAGUUUGAGAAGAUUGAGCAAUUUGUCUACGCCUCUCCAUAUGACGGCAAGUCCUGGGAAAUGUUUGAUGAGAUGAUUGGAACCGCUGAGGAGUUUUAUCAGUCUUUAGGAAUCCCCUACCGGAUCGUCAGCAUUGUGUCAGGUGCUUUGAACCAUGCUGCUAGUAAAAAGCUGGAUUUAGAGGCUUGGUUCCCAGGCUCCCAGGCUUUUAGAGAGCUUGUGUCAUGCUCAAACUGCACAGACUACCAGGCUCGCCGCUUGCGUAUUCGCUACGGGCAGACCAAGAAAAUGAUGGACAAGACUGAGUUCGUUCACAUGCUAAAUGCCACCAUGUGUGCGACCACUCGUGUUAUCUGUGCAAUCCUGGAGAACUUUCAGACAGAGGAAGGCAUCGUUAUUCCAGAACCCCUCAAGGCAUUCAUGCCUCCAGGUUUAACAGAAAUGAUAAAGUUCGUGAAGCCAGCCCCUAUCGACCAGGAGGCAACCAAGAAGCACAAGAAACAGCAGGAAGGAGGGAAGAAGAAGAAACAGCAGGGUGGUAAUGCUGAUCUAGAGAACAAGGUGGAGAACAUGUCAGUCAAUGACUCAUAGACUCCUUUCAAUCCCAGCCUUCUGUUUUGUGUACCCCAUUCAUAAUCAUUGUCCACUGAAACUGUCACACUGUCAUGUCCCUGCCUCAGUUUACCUCUUCUAGGACAGUCCUAUGAAAAUAAGAAAGAAGUACCUUUAUGG